AUGCUCUUGUCACUUAUUCUUUCUGUCCUUGCUGCUCAUACCGGCCUGGCGCUCGGCGAUACAUCCGUUACUGUCAACAUCAACAAGAGACUCCAGGUAAUUGAUGGCUUUGGUGUCUCUGAGGCCUACGGCCAUGCUAAGCAGUUCCAAAAUCUUGGCCCCGGACCACAGAAAGAGGGCCUGGACCUUCUCUUCAACACUACAACCGGCGCAGGCCUAUCUAUCAUCCGGAACAAGAUCGGUUGCGAUGACUCCAACUCCAUCACGAGCACCAACACCGACAACCCCGCGAAGCAGCCUGUUUUCCAUUUUGACGGCGAUGAUGAUGGCCAGGUAUGGUUCAGUAAACAGGCCAUGGCCUACGGUGUAGAGAUUAUCUACGCCAACGCCUGGUCUGCGCCUCUGUACAUGAAGUCGGCCAAGAGUAUGGGUCGUCUCUGCGGUACCCCUGGUGUGUCGUGCACAUCUGGAGACUGGAGACAUCGUUACGUUGAGAUGAUAGCCCAGUACCUCUCCUAUUACAAAGAGGCUGGCAUCCCUGUAUCGCACGUUGGCUUCCUCAAUGAGGGCGAUGGCUCGGACUUUAUGCUCUCAUCUGCCGAGCAGGCUGCAGAUGUCAUUCCUCUUCUGCACAGUGCUUUGAAUUCCAAGGGACUUGGCGAUAUCAAAAUGACGUGCUGUGACAACAUCGGUUGGAAGUCGCAGAUGGAGUACACCGCGAAGCUGGCUGAGCUUGGGGUGGAGAGCUAUUUAUCUGUCAUCACCUCGCACGAGUACUCCAGCAGCCCCGACCAGUCUAUGAACACGACCUUGCCGACUUGGAUGUCCGAGGGAGCUGCCAAUGACCAGGCCUUUGCCACUGCGUGGUACGUCAACGGGGGUUCCAACGAAGGCUUCACGUGGGCGGUCAAGAUCGCACAAGGCAUCGUCAAUGCUGAUCUUUCGGCCUAUAUCUACUGGGAGGGCGUUGAAACCAACAACCGAGGGUCUCUUUCUCACGUCAUCGACACGGACGGCACCAAGUUUACCAUAUCUUCGAUUCUCUGGGCUAUUGCUCACUGGUCGCGCCACAUUCGCCCUGGCGCACACAGGCUUUCGACUUCAGGUGUUGUUCAAGAUACUAUCGUUGGUGCGUUUGAGAACGUGGAUGGCAGUGUCGUCUUGGUGCUUACCAACACCGGCACUGCUGCCCAGACAGUCGACCUGGGCGUCACAGGAAGGACCUUCUCAACAGCUCAGGCUUUCACUUCGCAUGCUGAGGCACAGAUGGUAAAUACAAAGGUGACUCUGUCCGACAAUCGUGUCAAGGUUACGGUCCCGGUGCACGCUGUUGUCACAGUCAAGCUCACAACCGCGAGGAGCUCGAACGCGAUUUCAGCUGCUAUUUCUUCGCAAUCUACUCCCACUCCCGCGAAUGAUGGGCACAGCCUGGUUCGCCAAAAGCCUUCUUCAACAACACUCUCAAUCGUCAGGGCUCCAACCUCCGCUCAGACUACCUCUGUAGUUGAGUCGGCUAAGGCGGUAAAAUACCCCGUGCCGGCUGUAACUCCCAAGAGUUCCAAGAAGAGCCCUGCGAAGAAGAAUUCCCACCAAUCGCACAGCGCACAUGGUGCCGCUCACCAUCGAUGUGGCCAUGGUAAUCACCGUCGUGGUCGCUGCACCAAGUAG